CCCGUUAAGUUGCAACUGGUUAGUUGUUGUUGAAAAGUGCAUGCCGUGGCAAAGGAUCCUUCUCUGAGCUGGAAUUUCACAGACCCCACACACACCCGCCCUCCCUGCCUCGCUGGCGAUUUUUCCCAACUGCUUGUAAUGCCUUCGCUCUUUUGAACGCCCACACCAACUCCGGGCAAUCUGUUCGUCGUGCCAAGCUGGGCACGACUUGUUCCCGGAAGUGUUUUGCACCUAGAGCAACUACUACUAGGCUGUGAGGGAACGAAGGUCACCUGCUGAAAAGAUCAAAAUGGGAUUCAUCUUUUCAAAGUCUGUCAAUGAAAGCCUAAAGAAUCAGAAGGAAUUCAUGCUUAUAAAUUCUCGACUUCAGCUAGAAAGGCAACUUCUGAUGCAAAAUCAAAUGCGCGAGAGACAGAUGGCCAUGCAGAUUGCGGGCACAAGGGAGUUUCUCAAAUAUUUUGGAUCAUUUUAUGGCCUUACAACUGUGGGCCUAACAAUUGGAGCAAUAAAAAAUAAGAAACCUCAACUCUUUAUUCCAGUUAUACCUCUGAGCUUUAUACUUGCAUUUCAGUAUGAUAAGGGGUAUGGAACUUUACUACAAAGAAUGAAAUGUGAAGCUGAGAACAUAAUUGACACAGACUAUGCUGCACUAGAAAUGCCAAAAGGACCUAUCACUUUUGAUGAUCUUGAAAAAGCCAGAAGAGCACAAAGCAAAAUUUUUAUUGAGAAAUAAAAUAGGCUGACUUCAAUACCCUUUGUGGGUAUCCAUCAUAAUAGAUCGUGAAAUACAUAGUAAUGGCAGAGAAGGGAACAGAGUAAAGACACUAUUACUGAAAAGAAAUCCUACCGACAACCUGCAUAGUCCUUGUGCACACAGUCAAGUUUUUGUGCAAUAUUUUCAUAGAAGGGUGCAGCUGCUUUCUAAAGUGGUGUUUUAAGUUUUCUUUACACACUUUCCAGGGCGCAGGACAAACAGUAAUUCAGAAAAAGAACGGAGUGGUUUCUAUUGCCCUGAUGAGUUGAUUUGGAACAUAGACCUUUUCAUCUGAAAAAAGCAACAACCCUUUUCAUCUGAAGGUUUUUUUUUUACAUCAGUACAUUGUUCUCUUUUAAAAAAACACACUUCAAGAACAAUUAAUUGAACUGUUAGGCAUUUUGAUCCAUGAGCAUGGAAUCACAACCAAAUGUGUGUGUGAAACACUUGUAGCUCUGAAGA